AAAAAAGAAAAAAAAGGCAUAUGAUCUAAGGGGGAGGGAGGGGGCGAGGUAUAUCCGGUGGAGACGGCAGGCUAUCUGGCGACGAUUGGUGCGCGCAGCUGAAUCGACCCGCUUCCGGCGGCGAGAGGGCCAUCAAUCAAGCACUCCGACGUGUUGAAACCUCUUUCCCAGGCGGUAAAUACAAGCAAAGCAAAACCCACCCCGCGGGUUUUAGCGCUGAAGACCCCACACCCGCAUUUCUUUGUAUGCCUCCUCCCACAAUUUCCUUCAACUAAAACAACAACAAUAACAAGAACCAUGGAGGUUUUCCUUAAACCCCAUUACACCAUUAACAAGACCCUCAAGCCUUGUUCUUGUUAUGCUCUGGCUCUGCGGUUGGGCUUCGUCGUGAGGAAGAAAUAUUACUGUAAGUUCGUAAGGAGCUUCUUCCGAGACAUGGGUUCUAACUAUAAGGCCUUUUCAGGGACCGCUUCUGAUCGGCCAAAGAGUCUCAGGGAAAAGCUCGGUCUUAACACUAGUACUACUACUUCAUUGGGGUCUUCAAACCAGCAACAGUGUGAUUCAACCCAUCAAAACAUUGAGGAAUGGAAAAAGAAGUUAACAAUGUUGCUUCGUAAUGAAGAUCAACAAGAACUGGUGUCAAGGGAGAAAGAGGACAGACGUGACUUUAACCAAAUUUCUGCACUUGCAACAACAAUGGGUCUGUAUAGCCGUCAAUAUGCCAAAGCAAUUAUCUUUAGUAAAUUUCGUCUACCAAACUACAGACCUGAUUUGGAUGAUAUGCGCCCACAGAGAGAGGUGAUCAUACCUCUGGAACUGCAAUUACAAGUACAUGAUCUUAUAAGAGCCCAUAUUUCUAAGAAGCCAACAAGUAGGGAAAUUUUAUCGGAUAAUCCCUUAUUGAGAUCAAGCAGCAGCAAUAGAAGUUUAGCCAUUAAGGAUCUUGAUGAGCAGCAGAGGAGUUUGGUCCAUAAUAGUAGUGCCAAUGAGAAAAUCCUACUGCGUAAAAGUUGGAUUCUGCGUUGUCAGCAACAGGAAUGGCAGGAAUCUCCUGAAGGUCAAAAGAUGCUGGAAUAUCGCAGAAGUCUUCCUGCAUAUAAAGAAAGAGACGCUUUGUUAAAAGCAAUAUCAGAAAAUCAGGUUGUUAUUGUGACGGGCGAAACUGGUUGUGGUAAAACAACACAACUUCCCCAGUACAUUUUAGAAUCUGAGGUUGAAGGUACUCGUGGAGCUCUCUGUAGUAUUAUAUGCACCCAACCUAGACGGAUAUCAGCAAUGACUGUUUCUGAACGAGUUGCUGCAGAACGGGGAGAGCCACUAGGGGAGUCUGUAGGUUACAAAGUUCGGCUGGAAGGAACGAAAGGCAGGGAUAAUCGUCUUCUCUUUUGCACUACUGGUAUAUUGUUAAGGAGGUUAAUCAGUGAUAGAACCUUGAGAGGUAUUUCCCAUGUUAUUGUUGACGAGAUUCAUGAACGUGGAAAGUAUGAAGAUUUCCUUCUUAUUGUCCUGAAGGAACUUCUUCCUCGCCGACCAGAGUUGCGGGUGAUUUUGAUGAGCGCAACCUUAAAUGCUGAGCUUUUCUCUUCCUACUUUGUUGGCGCUCCAACAAUCCAUAUUCGUGGUUUUACGCACCCCGUGAAAGUACAUUUUUUGGAGGACAUUUUGGAAAUGACGGGAUAUCGGUUAACUCCACAGAAUCAAAUUGAUGAUUACGGUGAAGAAAACAUGAGGAGAAAGCGUAAGAAAGGCAUGUCUCUAGGAAAACGAAAAAGCUGGAUUGCUUCUUCCGUCGAGGAUACACUUAAAGCUGCCGACUUUAAUGAGUAUAGUCCAAAGACUCGGGUUUCCUUAUCGUUAUGGAAUCCCGACUCAAUUGGAUUGAACCUUGUUGAGCAUGUGCUUUGUCACAUAGUUAGGAAAGAAAGGCCUGGUGCUGUUUUAAUUUUUAUGACUGGCUGGGGUGACAUAAAAGCUUUAAAGGAUCAGCUUCAUUCUAAUCCACUCUUGGGAGAUCCUAGCAAGGCCUUGCUGCUUGCAUGUCAUAGUCUUAUGCCCAUCGAUGAACAGAAAUUGAUAUUUGAUCGACCAAAAGAUGGAGUGAGGAAAAUCAUACUUGCUACAAACAUAGCUGAGACUAGCAUUACCAUCGAUGAUGUAGUUUUUGUUGUUGACUGUGGAAAAGCAAACGAGUCAUUGUAUGAUGCAUUAAAUAAUCUUCCUUGUUUGCUUCCAAACUGGAUUUCAAAGGCUGCUGCAGGGCAAAGAAGAGGAAGAGCUGGUCGUGUUCAACCGGGGGAGUGCUACCAUCUAUAUCCCAGAUGCGUCUAUGAUUCAUUAUCUGAGUUUCAGCUGCCGCAAAUUUUGAGAACACCACUGGAGUCUUUGUGUUUGCAUAUCAAAAGCUUACAACUUGGAAGUAUUUCAGAGUUUCUAUCGAAGGCCCCUCAGCCUCCCGAACCUCUAUCGGUUCAGAAUGCCGUAGAAUAUUUGAAAACCGUUGGAGCUUUAGAUGAAGAUGAAAAUCUAACAGUUUUAGGACGCUACGUGUCAAUGCUUCCAGUUGAGCCUAAGCUUGGAAAGAUGCUCAUAUUAGGGGCUAUUUUCAACUGCCUUGAUCCCAUCAUGACUGUUGUUGCAAGCCUAAGUCUCAGAGAUCCGUUUGUGACUUCUUUUGACAGAAGGAGGGAAGCAGAUACAGCAAAAGCACAGUUCGCAGCUGAUGAUUGCAGUGACCAUCUGGCAUUUCUUCGAGCUUAUGAGGGUUGGAGAGAUGCUGAAAGACAAUUAUCUGGUUAUGAUUACUGCUGUAGAAAUUUUCUUUCUCAACAAACUAUACGAGGCAUUGAUUUCCUUCGUAGGCAUUUCUUUCGUUCCCUCAAGAAUAUUGGUCUCGUUGAUCACAAUAUGGAAAGCUGCAGUCUUUGGAGCCAUGAUACACAUCUUAUCCGAGCAAUUAUCUGUGCGGGCUCAUUCCCCAGCUUAUGCUCUGUUAUGAAAGCGAAAAAGUCUGUAAUGUUGAGAACAAUGGAAGAUGGUCACGUACUUCUCGGUCUGAAUAGUGUAAAUUUUCCAGCAUCAGAAAUUCCCUAUCCUUGGCUGGUUUUCAAUGAAAAGGUGAAAAUAACUGCAGUUGUUCUCCGAGAUUCAACUGCCGUGUCAGAUUCUGUGCUUCUUCUAUAUGGAGGGAGAAUUUCCAGGGGUGAAGAAGACGGACACCUGAAAAUGUUAGAUGGGUACUUGGAUUUUUUCAUGGAACCUAACUUAGCAGAUACAUAUGUGUUUUUAAAGGAGGAGCUUGACGAACUGAUUCAGAAGAAGCUUCUGAAUCCCCAGAUGGACAUACGGUCUCAUUCCAAUCUCCUUUCUGCUGUAAGAUUACUGAUUUCAGGGGACCGGUGUCUGGGACAAUUUGUCACUGGUCGUGAGGUGCCAGCAGCAUCCUCACAAAAGGCAAAAGAAGAGAUGCUGCCUGUGCCUGUUUCACAACGGGGUACUGCAGGCAAUAGCGGCAGUGGGGAUAAUUCCAAAAACCGGCUGCAGACGUUGCUCAUCAGAGCCAGAUGCGGACCACCCACCUACAAAACAAAACAACUGAGUGAUGACCAAUUCCUUGCAGUAGUAAUCUUCAAAGGGAUGUACGUUACGGGGAACCAUUGCCGCACUAAGGAACUUGCAGAGGAGGAGGCAGCUGCUGAGGCUUUGCUUUGGUUGCAAGGCGAAGGCCAUUCAUCUUCCACAGAUUCUACUGACCGAAUGUUAAUGGUUUUAGACAAGAAUGAGAAUGUUGAUAUGAAUUUCACAGGCGGCUCUGAGAGUCAUGUUAGAGAUAGAUUAGUCUCCUUGGCCUAAAACUUGUGGUGUUACACCUCGGUUUUUGCAUGUCAAAAUCAGAUCUCCAUGUCAUGGAAAUAAAUUCUGGAAGAUUCAAAUUCACCAUUAGCCUUUACACGGUUAAAGGAACCUUGGAUGGCAAUUGGCGAGCAACAACAGUUUAAGUACUUUCAGCUCGAGAAUGGGGAGUGCGAACCCAUCGACUUCUUCAGUAUAGCAAGUGGAUGAGUUGAAGCCGAAUGAGGAUCAUCGAGCUUGAGCUAGCGAGCAGUACUAGUUACGUAUAGCUCGCGGACAAGCUCCUCAGCUUGCUGUCAAGCAGUCUAGCGCGGUCAUGAGUAGUCCACGACGACAACAAACAAUUUGGUUCAGUUUUGGCUAUAUCUAGUGUCAUCAAAACCACCCAGAUGAGAUCGCUCUCUCUAUGACUUCUGAAGUUCCAGGAUUAACGAUCAACGUGGCUACGACAUCUCUCGAGAUUCCGGGUGUUAACUCCCACAAUUCUUUAGUGCCUCCAAAUUGAGAGUAAAGAAGUCCGGAACCAAGGGAAGUGAUUUUACAUUCGCAAAUUUAAUUCGUGUUAUGAAUUCGGAUCGAUAUUAAGUGUGUUAGAGGUACAAAUGCAUUCUUCAAUUUAAUUAAAUGAAGCAAGUCAUCCCUU